UCGAACUCAUCUCUUUCUCCAGAUUCUCCCUCUGAGUUCUUCCAAAUCUGUUCAGUUUCCCGUUGAUGAUCUUCUUCCCCGAUUCGAAUCCGAUCUGAAAUGUUGCCGGAAGGAUCAGAACGCCAGCCGAUCGAAUCGAAACCGCUCGAAAUUGGAAAUGAGUCGCAGAUUUUUUUUAGCCCUAGAUUCAAAUCGGCGGCCGCCAUGGCCGGAUGGGACGAGGAGGCGCUCCUAAUCGCGAGCCUCGUCGUCGACGACACGCCGGAGAGAGAGCUCCGGCACAAUAAACGGUGCGUUCUGCAGAGCAAGAGCCCGCCGUCUGGUUCGAGAAGGAAACGAAGAACAUCGACGAGCCUGAUUUCGAUUCCGGUGGCGGUUCUUGACCUCGACGAUGAAGAAUCAGCGGUUAAAGAUGAUCCUCCAAAAGAAAGGCCAGAAAAUGCAGUGGGUGAAGCAAAGAAAAAUGGUGGUGGUGCUUCUUCUUCCUCUCCUUCGGCUCUGCCUUGCAUGGAUAAGCUCAGAGAAGAGCUUUCUUGUGCAAUUUGCUUGGAAAUUUGCUUUGAACCUAGUACCACUCCUUGUGGACACAGUUUCUGCAAGAAAUGUCUAAGAUCUGCAGCUGACAAAUGUGGAAAAAAGUGCCCCAAAUGCAGACAGCUAAUAAGCAAUGGAAGAUCUUGCACUGUUAACACAGUUCUUUGGAACACCAUACAACUUCUUUUUCCCAAGGAGGUUGAAGCAAGGAAGCAAGCAAAAGAGUGUAGUAGGAGUCAGGAAAAAGUUCAAAACCCAGAAAAGGCCUUCUAUAGUAGUUUUCAGAACCACAAUACACGCACAACUGGUACCGGUACGUCGAGUCGACACGGUAGCUCAAGAAGAAGAGGGGAGGAAUUGGUCAGUAGGAUGACGCAGCGAGCAGCAUCUUCGAAUGCUGAAAGCAGAGUUCAAUCCAGGGUACAGCGUCGAAGUAUUCGACCGGUGAGAAUGCCGACUCGAGAUGCGGAUGUGAGCAGUAGUCUACUGAGAGCUGCACCUGACCAAGAUCAGGAUGCUGCUUUAGCUCUAAGGUUACAGAGGGAAGAGUUUAUGGAGGCUUUCAGAGACAGUCAAGUGCAAACCACAAGCUCUCUGUCCUUAGCUAGGGCUAAUCUCAGAGCAAUGGCUUCUCGGGCAGCCGUUAACUCUCGUGUUAAUGAUCGCUUGGAUUUGUAGUUUUGUAUCUGGAGUCUGUGAGUGUCUUUAUAUUACCUCGACUAAUCUCAUAGGACAACUAUCUAACUCUCCAACUUA